AUGCUCAAAAUCUGUGAAUCAGUAGUGCAGUGUUUAGCACUUUUAGAUUAUAUUUACAAGAUUACUAAUUCAAUUCCAACUGAAAGAUUUCCUAUUUCUAUUUCUGAACAAGAAUACUACAACAAACAAGUUGCAUAA